AUGGUGAAGUCCAGCAGCAUCGUCCUCCUGGUGGGGCUCCUGGCGCUCUGGGCCGAGCUGCCGUCUGCAUCUGGCCAGAACGUUACCAAGAAAGAGGGCGUGUGCCCAGACACAGUGGUGGAGGCGGCUAACUGCACGGAGAAAUGCCAGGCCGACAGCGACUGCGAGGAGAACCUCAAGUGCUGCCAGACGGGCUGCGGAUGGUCCUGUCAGCUCCCCAAUGUGAAACCCGGAUCGUGCCCAGUGGUGUCAGGCGGAAUCCCCUUACUGGGCCUGUGCAAGAACCAAUGCACAAUGGACUCGCAAUGCGCAGGGACCAUGAAGUGCUGCAUCAAUGGCUGUCGCAAACAGGCGUGUGUCCGGCCAAAUUUUUAAAGAUGCCUCCUAGAACUGCCCAUCACCAGGCCAAGGGGGAGUGGCGCU